UAUCAGGUGCAAAGCUGGCUGCCUCGGCCACAUCAGGGUUGGCAGGGGAGCGAGAAGGACGGCAUGGGGAGAGGCAGCAGCUCCGAGAGGACGGCAUGAAGAGCAGCGUGUCUGCCCAGAGCGAGCCCAGCAUUGGGAAGGCGGGGAGAGGCCGAUGGCAAACGGUGCAGAGCCACCUAGCAUCAGGGAAACUCAGCCUAUCCAAUUUUGAGGAUACUACCAUGUCCACAGCCACUACCCUUGAGUAUAUCCCCACCUCAGCAGGAGACCCGAAAUGUCAGCGCCCGCGCACCCUGAUGCGCCAGCAGAGUCUCCAGCAGCCACUCAGCCAGCACCAGAAACCUGACCACGGCCAGCCCACCACCAGCCAGAGCCUGGGUCAGCUACAAUCCCACAGCGGCUCCUCCACCAGCGGCAACCCUCGGGGCUGUCGGACUGGGCAGUCACGGCAAGGGAUCCCUGCUGGUGCCAAGCACAGGACAGCUGGUGGACGCAGCCGCUCCAACCCCGGGAGCUGGGACCAUGUGGUGGGGCAGAUUCGGAACCGAGGCUUGGAUAUGAAGUCUUUCCUGUUACCCUCUGGUGGCAAGGCAGUGAACACAGCAUCUGUGCCAGGACAGAUGCAGCAUGAGGAGACUGACCACAAAACAGAGCCUCGCUCGUCCGUCUCAGACCUUGUAAACUCCCUGACCAGUGAGAUGCUGAUGCUCUCUCCAGGGUCUGAGGAUGAUGAGGGACAUGACAGCUCCAGCCGGGAGAACCUAGGCCGAAUCCAGUUUAGUGUUGGUUACAAUUUCCAGGAAUCUACCCUGACUGUCAAAAUAUUGAAAGGUCAGGAGCUGCCAGCCAAGGAUUUCAGUGGCACCAGUGAUCCUUUUGUCAAAAUUUACCUCCUACCAGAUAAAAAAAAUAAGUUAGAGACAAAAGUGAAAAGGAAGAACUUAAACCCACACUGGAAUGAGACCUUUCUCUUUGAAGGUUUCCCUUAUGAGAAAGUGGUACAACGGGUACUCUAUCUACAGGUCCUGGAUUAUGAUCGAUUCAGCCGUAAUGAUCCCAUCGGGGAAGUAUCUCUUCCCCUCAACAAGCUGGACUUGACCCAGAUGCAGACCUUCUGGAAAGAACUAAAGCCCUGCAGUGAUGGAAGUGGAAGCCGAGGAGAGCUACUUCUGUCCCUUUGCUACAACCCUUCCGCUAACUCUAUUGUAGUGAAUAUUAUAAAAGCUCGGAAUCUUAAAGCCAUGGACAUUGGGGGAACAUCAGACCCCUACGUGAAGGUGUGGCUGAUGUACAAAGACAAGAGGGUGGAAAAGAAGAAGACGGUUGUGAUGAAGCGGUGCCUGAACCCUGUCUUCAAUGAGUCCUUCAUCUUUGACAUCCCCACAGAGAAGCUGAGAGAGACAACCAUUAUCAUCACUGUCAUGGAUAAGGACAAGCUCAGCCGGAAUGAUGUCAUUGGAAAGAUCUACCUGUCGUGGAAGAGUGGCCCGGGCGAGGUGAAGCACUGGAAGGAUAUGAUUUCGCACCCUCGACAGGCUGUGGCACAGUGGCACCAGCUGAAGGCCUGAGAGGCAGAGGCCCACGAAUCGCUCUGGAUUUCAGUGCACCCAGUCAACGUUUAUUGGCCACAUCCUCACAACUUUAUGCACAAUGGCUGCGCCCAGGUCUCCCCCAGGGGGAAAAGCUCGGGAAUGACCAGAGGCUAAGGGAGUAAAACUUGAUACAUAUACCAGACUCUGGGAAAGUGGCGCUGGUGCCCAGUGUGCUGGUUCAGCGCACAGCACCAUCAGGAGCAUCAUUACUACCCAGCCUCCUGCUUUAGCCUUUCCUUCAGACUCCUUCUGUAGAAAGAACGAGAGAGAAAGAGAGAGAGAGAGACCAGCCCUCCAGUUGAAAAUGGGCUCAGAACUGAUUUGUUUGGGCUCCCGGUGUGGCAGUGGCGCUGGCGUGAUGGGAGGAGAGGGGUCUGCUAUCGCCAUACAAGACUUCCUAUGAGUUCUUCCAGCCAAAGGCCCCUUGGGAUGGCACCCUGUUCCGCCAGGA